AUGGAACACCUAUCAACUCUGUUUAUAUCUACCAAUAUAUCUAUAUAUCUAUUUAUCUAUCUAACUUUGUCUGUUUAUAUCUAUCUAUCUAUCUAUCUAUCUAUUUUAUCUGUUUCUAUCUAUCUAUCUAUCUAUAUUAGUCUGUUUAUAUCUAUCAAUCUAUCUAUCUAUCUCACUUACUCUGUUUAUAUCUAUCUGCCAAUCCAUCAUUCUAUCUAUCUAUCUAUCUAUCUAUCUAUCUAUUUAUCUAUCUAUCUUAGUCUGUUUAUAUCUAUCUAUCUAUUUAUAUUAGUCUGUUUAAAUCUAUCUAUCAAUCUAUCUAUCUAUCUAUCUCACUUAGUCUGUUUAUAUCUAUCUGCCAGUCCAUCAUUCUAUCUAUCUAUCUAUCUAUCUAUCUAUCUAUCUAUCUAUCUAUCUAUCUAUCUUAGUCUGUUUAUAUCUAUCUAUCUAUCUAUCUAUCUAUCUAUCUUAGUCUUCUGUUUCUAUCUAUCUAUCUAUCUAUCUAUCUAUCUUAGUAUGUUUAUAUCUAUCUAUCAGUUUAUCUAUCUAUCUCACUUAGUCUGUUUAUAUCUAUCUGCCAGUCCAUCAUUCUAUCUAUCUAUCUAUCUAUCUAUCUAUCUAUCUAUCUAUCUUAGUCUGUUUAUAUCUAUCUGUCAUUCUAUCUAUCUAUCUAUCUAUCUAUCUAUCUUAUAUCUAUCUAUCUUUGUUCGUAUCUAUCUAUCUAUCUAUCUAUCUAUCUAUCUAUCUAUCUAUCUAUCUAAUUCUCUACUGGCCAGUUUAAAUAUUUUUAGCCCUUUCCUCAUUCUUGAUCCCUCCCUUCCUUCUCUCCUGAACGUCUCUAUCCCCAAUUUCAAUGAUCAUACUCGGGUGAUUACUCCCCCACCGAACUAA